AUGCGUACUUCAAAUACCUUGCAGAACCCCGAGGCAGGAGCCACCCUUGAGCUGAUUAGCCCAGUUCUCAGUCUUCAAUAUACAACUCAAACAGCCUUUUCAGACGUAUCCAUUGAGAAGCAAGAUCCUCUCCGACAGCAAUCCCUAGCAGAGCGCCGCCACCGCCCUCGACCGGAGGACAUCGCCAUCGCCCCUCUGUCCCCAGACCCAACCGAGCUCUCCACCAUCAGACUGGACAACAUCAAAGAGAACCAGGCCGAGAGUUACCGCAACCGCCAAAUACCGCUCUGUCUCAAGGCUCUCCAUGCUCCCAGGAUCUUACUCUCUACCAAGACUUUCCGCUGGGUCAAAAUGAACGAUGGUGUCUGGGUAAAGGUUAAGAGGCGCCGAAUCGUCUUCAUCACCAGGUCUGAGUCCAGAGAUGGCGCUGAUGGCUGA